AUGGCGGGGUUCAAGACUUUGAAUUUUCAUGGCGUUGAUGUCCGCUUUCCAUACGAUCCGUAUCCAGCGCAAGAGGCGUACAUAGAGAAAUGUGUAGAAUCUCUCGUGAACAGAAACCAUGCUGUGCUCGAGUCCCCGACGGGUACCGGAAAGACCCUUUGCCUCCUCGCUUCUGUAAUCGCCUUCCGCGUUUGGGCCAAGAAAAACCCGCACAAACUCAAAGUUCCGGGCAUCAGUGAUCCGAAACGAUCCAAAGUUCCGAGUGUCAUCUACGCAUCCCGAACACACUCACAGCUGACGCAAGUUGUAUCAGAAUUGAGAAAACUCCGAGACGUCUGCGGCUAUAGAAUCGACAUGACUGUUGUUGGUGGGAGAAGCUCGCUGUGCGUCAACGACGAAGUGAAGCGAAUAAAGACGAAUUCGGAGCAGCAGAAUGAGUGCAGAAGAUUGAGGAAGAAUGGUGGUUGUCCGCACAAAAGAGAAGCGGACAAAGUCCUUGGAAUCAUCGGCCGCGAUCAUCAGGGGCCUUUAACUCUUCCACUUCCUGGAAAUGAUGAAACUAGAUCCGAAGAGCAUAUGAAAAAGUUCCUGAAAGAAAAAGAGAACCGACAAAACGAACGGCAAAUCAAAGAAGAGUUGGAGGAAAUUAUGGACAUUGAAGAGCUUGUCUCGUGGUGCAGCGAGAGACCAAUAGCCGCUGGACAAAAGGAGGAGAAAAAAGUCUGCAGCUACUACCUUUCGCGAGGCAAAGCAGAUUCGGUUGAAAUCCUUUUGAUGCCCUACAACUACAUUUUGGACACGAAGAUUCGACGAAGGAACAGCUUCGAAAUCGGCAACAAGAUCAUCAUUCUCGAUGAAGCCCACAAUGUCGAGCAAGUCUGCGAAGAAAGCUCAUCGCAUUAUUUGACGCUCAAAAUGAUGCAAAUCGCUCAUGACGAGCUUGCAAAAGCAAGAGAUAAAGUUGCUCGAAAUAAUGAAGCAGGUGCGGAACGAUUUACCCACGCCGAGCUUGACGAUUUAACAAGAGACAUCGACGGAUUGAACAACCGCUAUCAAAUGGAGGUCGUCGAUGAUGUACAAAACGCCGGGAAAGACGGAAAAGGCUACCCGGUGGCGAAAUUCAUUCAAGAUCUUAGGCAAGCCGGAAUGUUCAAAUUUGGUGUCACACGAUGGCUAGCCUUGGCCGAGCAAGUCGUGAAGUUCUUUUCUGAUGGGCAGGAUCGCACGGGCCUGUCGGGAACGAGCUUUGAGGAGUUUGCAUUUAUGAUCGAAGAUAUGACUAGACUUGCAAAGAACAGAGAAGAAUAUGAAAACUAUCGAAUUCAAAUGGUUCCCGAGGAAAACGACUCUACAGACAUGGAGAUCAAGAUUUGGUGCUUCAAUGCAUCCUAUGCGAUUGACUAUCUUACCAAGGGUGAGGCGGCGUACAACCUGAUCCUGACAUCCGGAACGCUCUCACCUCUGGACGAGUAUAUCAACUCUUUGGGCCUCGAUCAAAAACAUCAGCUGAAGACGAUUCAGUUGACUAACACUCACGUCAUCGAUCCAGCGCAGUUAUUCGUCGCGACUUUGACAGGAACUGAAGGAGCAGAGUUUCUGAACGUCUUCAGAAAUCGCACCGAUAGGAACAUGUUUCAAAAAUACGCCGAAAUUAUUAAAGAGCUGAAAAAAGUUUCGCCAGGAGGGAUGCUCAUUUUUCACCCAACCUAUUCUCUGAUGAAGAUUUCUAAAGAUUUCUGGGGGCUGGAUAAAAGAAAUGCUACAUACAAAAACGACUUCGGUGUGCCCGUCUUUCUCGAGCCAAGCGGCAAAUACGAACUCGAAAGGAUGACGGAGAACUUCGAACGCGAGCUAGAAGAGGAUGAAAAGAAGGGUCCUGAUGAAGUGAAAGGAGCUAUUUUCAACGGAGUCUGUCGAGGAAAAAUGUCCGAAGGUGUUGACUUUGCUGACUGUAGAGGGAGAGUCGUCAUCAUUACAGGAAUUCCGUACGCUCCGGCGAAGGACCCAAAAGUGAUGCUCAAGAAAGAAUACCUCAACAACCGCAAAAAGGCAGGUCGGGGCAUCACUGACGGAAACAAAUGGUACGGGAUCGAAGCUAUUCGAGCAAUCAACCAAGCCGUCGGCCGAAUUAUCCGACACAAGAAUGAUUUUGGCGCAAUUAUUUACAUGGACACGAGAUUCCAAAAUAGAGGCAACAAUGAUGCUUUUAAUCUGAUGCCUGAGUGGGUUAAACGUAACCAUAGACCAAGCAAACAAGCAAUAGGCCAACUUCGCGCAUUUUUCAAGAAAAUGGAAGCUUUCCAAAAGCGUGGCAAGAUCACCCGUCCCAGACCCUUGAGUGAAGCUCGGGCAGCGCAGCAAAACGCAAGAAAUGUCAACCGAAAAGAGUCGACCCUACAGAAAAACCGCCGACACGUCAAAGUCGGAAAAGAGGAAAGCAAAGAGAAUAUUCUCCCACAGAAAAUGGCUCCACUUUUCAACAAACCAAACGCAAAGAUAAAAACCCAUGAAAAGAUCGUAUCAACUCCAGAACCAAAGCGACGUUCCUGGGAGAUGACUCGAUCUGCGGAAUCAAUGGAGAUGGACCAACGAACUGGACCAGCUGGCUUCGUUAAUCGUAAUCUACACAACCUGGACGCUCCUCACUCAUCAACUGGUUCCGUCUCGCCAUAUUUCCCCAAACCACAAAAGUCACAAGACAGUGAUCCUACUCUCUCACAACAUAUGCUAUCCGACGACUUCAGUCUCGAAUGGCAGGUUUCAUCGGACGAAGACGAGGCCACUGAGAAAGCAAGACCUUCAACCUCCGGCACUUCUCAAAUGAAAGUGACGCCAAAAGAGUCCAAAGACGAGUUCGAGUUUGAAUUUGGCGAUUCGAUACCGCUGGACAUUUCCAUCGACGAGAGCAUUGCUCAAGCUGAAGUCGAAGAAUUUUAA